AUGGAGAACUACUUUAUGCGUCACCUAUUGUACCCUGUACUGCUGCUAUUCUUGUUAUUGUGCUGUGCCGGCACGUCCUUUUCCGCUGUUGUGCAGCACUUACCACAAAGAGGAGAGAGUGCUUUGCAUGCGUACACCGUCGCCAACCUUGAGAAGAGUGGGAGAAACUGGAAGCCCAUACACAUCGAAGUAUCCGCAGAAGGCGUGAAUAAUGUGUUGAGGGACUGUGACAGAAAGCGAGCCUUGGCCGAACAGUUAAAGGGGACGGGUACUCGGAGAUAUGACGACAGUGUGUUCUGUGAUAAUAAGACUGGGAUAACCGAUGAAAAGAAGGACCUCUUACUGAAUAAACUCUUACUCGCCGCGAUCAAGUUGCAUACAGAUCGUCUCAACAUUGAACAGAAAGAGGGUGAAGUUGUGGUCUCUACAAGCACCAUAAACUCAUUUUCGGGAGAAUGCGGGGUCAUAAAGGCAUGGGAACACAAAAAAAGUUUCUCCAAUGCUGAUUUUGUACUUUUUGUUGGUCUUGAUGAAUCUGAAAUGUCAACAAUAGUAUGUUCUCAGGAUUUAGAAGAACGACCAACUUCUGCACUGAUCAAAUUUGUACCGAAAGACAUUGUGGACACGAGACACUUUGUCCGCACGGCAGCGCAUGAGAUUGCACAUGGACUUGGGUUUGAGGUGACCCGUAUGAGGAAACUUGAAUUGAUUAAAUAUGGGGCACUGAGAGGAAAAGGGAAGGUCACGGCCGUGGAUUCUAAAAUAAUGCAGGAGAAGAUGAGAGAACAUUACGACUGUCACUUGGAUAUCACCGGUAUGUACAUGGAGGAUGAGGGUGAUGGUCGCAGAAAGUUGCACUGGGAGCGAAGG